AGAAACCACCAGUCUUCUUCUUCUUCCACCAGUGUAUUCUCCUUGCAAGGAUCGAUCGAUCUUGCCAUCCUUCGUCCGAUCGACCACAAGCUAGCUAACUAGCAUAAAUGGGAGGGAAAAUGGAGAUCGAGAGGCCGUGGAGCGGAGAUGGCAACCUGGUGCAUGACGCGGUGGACUACCGGGGCUGUCCGGCGGAUAGGUCCAGCACCGGCAGCUGGUUGGGGGCGGCGUCCGUGGUCGGGAUCGAGCUGUGCGAGCGUCUGGCCACGAUGGGCAUUGCGGUGAACCUGGUGACGUACCUGACGAACACGAUGCACCUGCCCAGCGCCCAGUCCGCCAACGUCGUUACCGACUUCAUGGGCACCUCCUUCCUCCUCUGCUUCCUCGGCGGCUUCCUCGCCGACGCCUUCCUCGGUCGCUACCUCACCAUCGCCAUCUUCGCGCUCGUGCAAGCGCUCGGCACGGGCCUCCUCGCGGUGUCGACGACGCUGCCCCAGCUGCGCCCUCCGCCAUGCGUCGCCGGCUCGGCCGCGCCGUGUGAGGAGGCGACGGGGCUCCAGAUGGGCGUGCUGUACGUGUGUCUGUACCUUAUCGCGCUGGGCACCGGCGGGCUCAAGUCCAGCGUCUCCGGCUUCGGCACCGACCAGUUCGACGAGCGCGACGACCGCGAGCGCACCGCCAUGGGAUACUUCUUCAACCGCUUUUUCUUCAUCAUCAGCGUCGGCACGCUACUCGCCGUCACCGUCCUCGUCUACAUCCAGGACCACAUCGGCCGGAGCUGGGCCUACGGAAUCUGCUCCGGCACCAUGCUCGUGGCCAUAGCAGUCUUCCUCUCUGGCACCAGGAGGUACCGCUACAAACGGAGCUCCGGAAGCCCAGUCGUGCACAUCCUCCAGGUCCUAGUCGCCGCCACCCGAAAGCGCGGCCUCAAGCGGCCGCUUACCGCUGCCGCGCUCUACGAGGACCGCCCCGAGGACGCGAGGAUCCCCCACACCGCCCAGUUCCCGUGCUUGGACAGCGCGGCCGUGAUGGCCGGCGAGGAGGACAACGAGGUGGGGCCGCACGGGCGACCGAUGCCGAACCCGUGGAAGCUGUGCUCGGUAUCGCGCGUGGAGGAGGUGAAGAUGAUCGCGAGGCUGAUGCCGGUGUGGGCGACGACGAUCCUGUUCUGGACCAUCUACGCGCAGAUGAUCACCUUCUCCGUGGAGCAGGCAACCACCAUGGACCGGCGCAUGGGCGGCUUCGAGAUCCCGGCCGCGUCGCUUACCGUCUUCUUCGUGGGCGCCAUCAUGCUGACCCUCGCCGUCUACGACCGCGUAUUCAUCCCGCUCUGCCGGAACCUCACUGGUCGGCCGGGGCUCACCAACCUGGAGAAGAUCGGCAUCGGCCUCGUCCUGUCCAUCGUCGGCAUGGCCGCUGCUGCCUUCUGCGAGAAGAAGCGCCUAGCCGUGGCGGCCACGUCCACGAACGGGGCCGUGCUGCCGAUCAGCGUCUUCCUGCUGACCCCGCAGUUCCUGCUGGUGGGCGCGGGCGAGGCGUUCAUCUACACGGGGCAACUGGACUUCUUCAUCACGCGGUCGCCCAAGAGCAUGAAGACCAUGAGCACCGGCCUCUUCCUCACAACGCUCUCCCUCGGCUUCUUCCUCAGCAGCGCGCUCGUCUCAUUCGUCGGAGGCGCCACCACGUGGCUCGGCGACACCAUCAACCACAGCCGCCUCGACUACUUCUACUGGCUGCUCGCCGUGCUCGGAGCCGUCAACCUGGCCGCCUACCUCGUCUGCGCCAUGUGGGCCGCGCCGGCCGUCGUCAGCAAGGCGGAGCAACCUGGCACGGCCGCCGACGAGAAAUGCUAGCUCAUUCAGUCAUGGGUUACCGUUCUAAACUUGACGUGCAUGCACAACGCGUGUGGGCGUGCGGGUGUACUGUAGCUUAUACUCCAUGUAAUUCCAGCUUGCUCGCUCCGGUUUAUCAUUGAAAAUAAGAAGAAAUUUAAUA